AUGUCUCCUCUUGUUCGAAAGGACGAUGAUCCCAGGAACACACUCGAGGAACUUCUCCAGCAGUCCCGGAUCGAGGAGUUGACAUCCGAGCACGAUGGAUACGAGGACGUUGAACCCGCGCACUCCUCUACCGCUCACGACUUCAACGGCCAUCCAUUUCCUGGCAACCAUCUCCAGCCCGCGAGGACGCAAGCAAAACCACCCCUUCCACCCUGGCUGCAGGCCGCAACACUCGGCCUCUUCCACGAAGAUCUCACCACAACAACCACCCAAGCCCAAGCAAAGGUCACAAAAGAAUGCCUCCCCCAUCUCACCGGCCAAGACACGUCCGGCUUCGAGCUCAACUCCCACGGCCUCCCCCACCUCCGCCGCACCCAGCACGCCGCCUUCCUCCACGCCCAAUUCGAACCUCUACCCGCCCCGUACGUCGCCAUUGACGCCAGCCGCCCUUGGUUCUUCUACUGGGUCCUCAGCGGCCUCUCCGCCCUAGGCGAAGACAUCAAUCCCUACCGCGAACCUCUCAUCGCAACCGUGCGCCCGCUGCAAAAUCCCACAGGCGGCUUCGGCGGCGGGCAUGGCCAACUAAGCCACUGCGCCUGCUCCUACGCCACCAUACUGGCCCUCACCAUCGCCGACGCCCUGCACGUUGUCGACCGCCGCGCAACCUGGCACUGGCUGGGAACCCUCAAGCAACCCGACGGCGGUUUCCGCAUGGCCAUCGGAGCAGAAGAAGACAUCCGCGGCGCCUACUGCGCCAUGACAAUGCUCACCCUCCUCAACCUGCCCCUCGAGCUACCACCCGACUCCCUCGCGCGCACCGCAGGCCUCACGCGCUUCACAGACAAGCUAGGCGAAUGGAUCAGCCAUUGCCAAACGUACGAAGGCGGCAUCGCAGGCGCGCCCACGAACGAAGCGCACGGCGCUAUCCCGCGGUACCUCGAUGUCCCGGCGCUCUUAGCCUGGCUAGCAGCGCGACAAACGCAGCCCGAAGGCGGGUUCCAAGGUCGGCAAGAAAAACUCGUCGACGCCUGCUACAGCCAUUGGGUCGGGGGAUGCUGGGCUUUAAUCACCGCUGCUCUCCAACAACCACCCCGCAACAGCGCUGCACUUUGGAACCGCGCGGCUCUCGUCCGAUACCUGCUCACCUGCUGCCAGCAACCGGGCAAGAAGAAAGGCGGCAUGCGCGAUAAGCCUUCCACGCGGCCGGAUGCGUAUCACACGCUCUACUCGCUGGCGGGCCUGUCGCAUGCGCAGAAUGUCUUCACGUACAAUGCAAGGGCUCCCACUACUGGGGAGGGCAGAUCACUGGCGGCAUUCAAUUGGGCGGCGCGAGGGCCGAGCAAGGAGGAGAUGAGGGAGCUGGGAGUGGACGAGGAGGAUCUGGUUAAUUUCGUGCAUCCUGUUUUUGUGAUACCCAUGGCAGCUGUGGAGAGGGCGAGGCAGGAGUUUGAAGAUGGAACCCUUUGA